AUGGAGGAAUUGCAAAGCGAGGGCACUAGCAUACAUGAGCUGAAUACAGAGAUUGGGGACCUCCUGCUCCAAAUCCAGGAAGUUAUAACCGGACUGGGUCUAAGGAUCAAACAGAAAGUCGUGCAGACUGCCAAUGUUCUGUGUAUGCUUCAUCUGCUGGUAUUUGUAGCCAUUUUUCUCUAUGUCGGUUUCUAUUAUACUUUCAUGCCCACUGCAAGCUUCAUCACUCCUGUGCACUUCCAUUACAGAAAGCUCUCACACUCGGUCCCCUCCUUUCCUGUGUCAAACUUCUCCCUGCUUAUGAGCAACAAGAAACAGGUGAUGACACCUGGUCAGCCCUAUCACAUCACACUGGACCUGGAAAUGCCAGAAUCUCCGACCAAUAUGGAACUAGGAAUGUUCCUGGUAAAGAUGUCGUGUUACUCCCAUGAUGGACAGACUGUUGAUUCUUCAAUGCAAACUACAAUGCUUCACUAUCGCUCAUACCUGCUGCAGACCCUGGAGACUCUAAUGUUGCUUCCUUUGAUGCUGAUGGGAGUUAUUGAGCAAAAGCAGCAUGUCCUGGUUGAGCUUUACUCUUCUUAUAUAGACAGCUCAUAUAAACCUGCCACUGGAGCUGUUAUAGAAAUCCACUCUCAGCAAGUUCAGAUUUACAAAGCACAGCUUUACAUUCAUGCUCACUUCAGUGGCAUCAGGUAUGUCCUCUAUUACUUCCCGUUCACAUCCGCUGUGGUUGGAGUGAUGACUAACUUUAUGUUCCUUACUGGCAUCAUCCUGGUUGGCUUUGUGCAGGACAGCAGCUUGUGGACUCGUCUAUUUUUACAUUUGAAUAAACCUAACAUGAGAAGAGAUGAUAUACAAGGAAAUGCAUAUCAGUAUGAGAGGAACACACACUGCACAGAAGCGAAGACACAUUUGUCGGAUCCAUCCAAUAUAAGACCCAGCGGCAUCGAGGAUUCCAGUUCUGACAAGAUGGAAGGCAAUUUUAAUGCAGAAGUAAAGGAGACGGCUAAGACAAAUGAUCUUUCUGACCUUUAUGAUUAG